GGAGACGGCACUGGAGUAGCCAGUAUAUAUAGGGGUCCUUUUGCAGAUGAAAACUUCAAGCUGAAACACUCUGCUCCUGGGCUGCUCUCUAUGGCAAACAGUGGUCCAAGUACCAACGGCUGUCAGUUUUUCAUUACGUGCUCCAAAUGUGACUGGUUGGAUGGAAAACACGUUGUUUUUGGUAAAAUUGUUGAUGGGCUGUUGGUGAUGAGAAAAAUUGAAAAUGUGCCUACGGGUCCAAAUAACAAACCCAAGCUGCCAGUUGUGAUCUCUCAGUGUGGGGAAAUGUAA